UCGAGUCUGCAGACGGGAAUAGCGUUCUCACGUUCGCUGUUUGCUUUUCUCCGUUCUAACCAACCGAGCCGAUCAUUCGUGUAUGCGUUUGUCCGUUCCCUUGUUCCUCCUCCUCUCUUUCCUCCUUGUUUCUCACUCUCUCCUCCACACCCAAAGCAAGGAAUCUGUCCCUCACGCUCAGGUUCAGCAGCACUACACAGGGAUGCUUGCUUGAUCUUUUUUCUCUGGUUCCUUUCUCGAUCACUUUCCUCCACUUUUCCUGCCUCUGGUUUCUGGGGAGCCUUGCGAGACGCUCGUUGGCGAGAUGUUGGGUUUGGACGUUUGCGAGUUUGGUGGACAGUUUCUCGAGCUGCUCUGGUUAACAGUCUGCUACAGAGGCAUCAUGGCAGAUAAGGAGAGCACGAUUCCUGUGACUGAGGACGAUGACGAGCGUGAUCUGAACUACCAGCCUCCAGCUCAGAAGAGCCUGCAGGAGAUCCAGGAGCUUGAUAAGGAGGAUGAAAGCCUGAACAAGUACAAGCAGACUCUGCUGGGAUCAGGACCUGUGGUGGCAGAUCCCAAUGUCCCUAAUGUUCAGGUGACGAGACUGACGCUGAUGUGUGAUCAAGCUCCUGGACCCAUCACUAUGGAUUUGAAAGGGGACCUUGAUGCUUUAAAGAAACAGAACUUCACCAUGAAGGAGGGCGUGGAUUACAGAGUGAAGAUCCACUUUAAGGUCAACAAGGAGAUUGUGUCUGGGCUGAAAUAUGUGCAUUUGACCUACAGGAAAGGAAUUCGAGUGGAUAAAGCCGUGUAUAUGGUGGGCAGCUACGGGCCUCGGGUAGAGGAGCACGAGUUCCUCACUCCUGUGGAGGAGGCUCCAAAGGGCAUGAUGGUCCGAGGGACUUACCACAUCAAGUCCUACUUCACGGAUGACGACAAGACAGACCAUUUGUCCUGGGAGUGGAACCUGCAAAUCAAGAAGGAUUGGGACAGCACCGAGUAAACGGGCUGCGUCCCAAACACACCUGUGCCAAGUGCACAUGGCCUAGUGCAUGUAGGAAAGGUGCACGGAGAAUGGGGUUUGGAUCAGGGUUGGGUUCAAAAACGGCCGAGAGUCAAAUCGAUGCAAACAUACAGUACUUCAAAGGGAUGUUAAUGAAAUACAACACAACACAAAGCAAGACAUUAGGGGAGACUCAUAUGCUAAAGAACAUGCUGUAUAAACGACAGAGAUCAAUUUCUUGUGCCCGUACGUACGCUCAGGUUAGUCUGUGUCUCUUUGAACUGUAAAAUGUGUGUAAUUAUGAUGUCUGUAAUUCUUGCGAUGCAUUAAAAAAAAGAGUUCCUGCUGGAGCUCGAGAGCAGAACCGUGCAUGCCUCAGUGUGAAGAUUGUUCAAGUGGCUAGAAUUGUGUUCUGACGCUGUAAUCAGACGUUCAUGAGAAACCUGCCUGGUUCCAUCUUGCGUUCCAAUACUAGUUCUAACACGCCCCCUUGGUGACUUCCCCGACGUGCGGUUUAAAAACAGAAUGCCCCUUGGUCUUCAAGCACAAUGAAAAUGAAUCAUAUUUAAUCAAAUAUCUGUUCUGGGUGGUUAAAAUAUUCGGGAGCAGAAAGAGUCCACGUAUACACAGAACCGUUUAUUCCUGAAUAUUGUAAAUGUUGUUGACGUAAAUGUAGAUACAAGUCAUGUAUACUGUAUAUAUGAGUAAUCUGAGGAUGAUAUAUGGAUUAAUACUCUUCACUCAUCUCCUUUUUUUAUUAAUAUUAUCAGACAUGAGAUUUUUUGUAAAACAUCACUUAUGUCCAGGAAGUUUUUCUUUCCAGUAUAUUCGAGACUAGAUUUAUACUCAGGGCGUGUAUUUAAAUCUGUAAAAUUCUGCAGAAGAUAGACAAGAACGCAAAAGUAAUGAAUACGAAUAUAAUUUUUUAAAAUGCAGUUUUAUUUCGAUUCAAAAUUCCUUCCAUGUGUAAACAGUACACACACACACACACACACACACACACACACACACACACACACACACACACACACACACACACACACACACACACUUCUUUGUGAACCUUUUGCACUAUAGCAAAACUCCAUAUAUGGUCAUAUAUCAGGUUCCAUGAGAAACAUCAGAUAUUAUAUUUUUGAAAUAUUAUAUAUAGUCUCUGGCUCUUGUUUCUAUUUAUAACCAGCUUCAUCCUAAAUUUUUUUCCAUCCCAUCACAUCUUUCUGGGUAAAUUUCACUCCUAACCCCACACCGAUGUCUCUUCAAGAGUUGAGAGUUGAUGGGACAAAGUAUUAAAUGACAAGGAGGUCACCAAUGGCACAUUAGAAUCAAUAUUGGAACGCAACCCGAUGACUUCAGAUGAAGUAACGUGUGCUAAAUGUCACGUGACAGAGUUUUACCAGGUUGUGUGCAAUUAAUUAAGGCUUUAAUUAAACCCACACAAACUCAUUCGAUAAAAUUCAAUGCUUUCGUGUGCUUUCUUUGCUUUUAAAGGGUCAAGGAGCUUCUUAUAAUUCUUCACCUUUAUAAUAGUGGAAAAAAAAUAUCCCAUUUUUCGUUAAAGUGAUCACGUACCUCUGUGUGGCCUCUUCAUGUCAUAUAUUAAAUUCACAAUAAAUAUAAAUGGUCACAUGUUCCAAGAAAUAUGACAUGCAAAAUCAACCACGUGACUCCUGAGGAUGGCAAUUUAAAAGAUAAAUUUUAAAGAAUAUACUGUGUAAUCAUAGGAUUCACUCUUUUUUUUUUGUAAAUGUGUCCACAGUCAGAAAGUAAAUAUGUCUUGAAUUAAAAAAACUUCUUCUCAUUAUUAUUAUUAUUACCCCACAUGCUUUUCUAAAAUGGCUGUAAUUACUUCACUAUUUUCAUAACUAGAUGUAAUCCUGAGUAUCUGUAAACGGCAUGUUCAUUUUGUAUGCAACUUUAAAACCUUUUCAUUCUCAUCUGUAGAAAUAUUGAAAGCAGGGAUUAAGUGUUGAUAUGAGUCUGGUCUUUGGCUUGUGAUUUCGUGGCUAAAAGAUCAAUGUUUAAAAUUUACUGUACAUCUUUUCAUGCAUCUUGCAUUUUUACAAUAAAGUCAAACAAUAAAGCUUGGUUUCAUCCA